GUAGCAGCUCGAUCGGGUGGACCACGACGUCGCGCGCGAGCAAUGCCGCUAGAAUGGCGGGUACUCUAGCAGGCUUUAUAUGUUAGAUUAUGUUUGGUCUGUCUGUUCUUGUCACUAUACUAUCAUAAUACUCUGCCAAAGCUGUAUGACCAAAAAGCUGGGUGCUUCACAGCUGUCCAUUGCUAAUGAGGGCAGUUAAGAAUUUCACACCCUACUAUAAAAUGCACAACACAACUGGCAGAGUAUUGUCGUACUACUAAUGCAUGUGCAAAGGAUUACCAAAAUCCACGGACCGACAGCCAAACUAUCGUACGUCGUAGAGCAAUAAUGCUACACGUUGGCGUACAGCGGUGCCAUGCGGAACACGAUUCCAAACCGCACCUCGCUCGUCAGGCCGCCCUCACAACGACUAUACCCCUGCGCCCCACCCACACGCGCACACCUUAUAGUGCGGUCCGUCCCGUCGCGUGCUUUCACAUCCAUGAUCAGGGCCUGCCUCAGCGAGCUCUGCGCCAGCUGCUGCUCCUGCGUGCUCCCGCCGCCGUCCUCGCCGCGCGCCGCCGACCAAGAGAUGGACUCGGACGGCGCCAUCACGCACCGCAGCGUCGAGGCCAACGGCGUGCGCCUCCACGUGGCGGAGGCCGGCCCGGCCGGCGCGCCGGUCGCGCUGCUGCUGCACGGGUUCCCGGAGGUGUGGUACACCUGGCGCCACCAGAUGCGCGCGCUGGCCGCCGCGGGCUACCGCGCCGUCGCGCCCGACAUGCGCGGCUACGGCGGCUCCGACGCGCCCCCCGGCGGGCCGGACCAGUACACGGCGCUGCACGUCGUCGGCGAUCUUGUUGCUCUGAUUGAUUCGCUCGGCGAGAAGCAGGUGUUCGUCGUGGCGCACGACUGGGGCGCCAUGAUCGCGUGGAGCCUGUGCCUGUUCCGGCCGGACAGGGUGAAGGCGCUCGUCGCCCUCAGCGUGCCCUUCAGUCCCCGGAGCCCCGCGAGGAAGCCCGUCGACGGCUUGAAGGCUCUGUACGGGGACGAGUACUACAUCUGCCGUAUCCAGGAGCCUGGGGCAAUUGAAGCAGAAUUCGCACGGCUCGGCACGGAGCUGGUGCUAAGAAAGUUUUUCACUUAUCGAACUCCUGGCCCUCUGUUUAUCCCCAAGAGCGGCUGGGGCUCACCAGAUGAUGAGGUGCCCUUGCCGAGCUGGAUCACGGAGGAGGACAUCAAAUACUACGCGAGUCAGUUUGACAAGUCUGGCUUCACUGGGGCAUUGAACUACUACCGUGCCCUGAACAAGACAUGGGAACUCACGUCGCCAUGGACCGGAGCUGAGAUAAAGGUACCAACCAAGUUUAUAGUUGGUGAUGUGGACUUGUCAUACCAUGUUGCAGGCGCACAUGAUUUUAUUAACAAAGGUGGCCUCAAGAAGUUUGUUCCAUUACUGGACGAUGUGGUGGUAAUGAAAGAUGUCGGGCAUUUCAUAAAUGAAGAAAAACCAGAAGAAAUUAGUGCCCAUAUAAUCAGUUUCUUAAAGAAAUUCGACUGAAAUGAGGAGUAACGAACACAUCAUGGAACAUGGUCAAAAUGUAGAUGCUUGAUGGAAAAUUUGUAUUAAGCCCAUUGUAUUAUUGUGUCGCACAAUUUCACAUAUGUAUGCAACUAUUAUUUUCUUUA